CGAACAGUAAUUGAAAUGUUUGCCAACUUUAGCAAAUGCUACAACAGUAACGAUAAAACUUAUCGUACUUGCUACACUUACAAUGCUAAUUAUGCGCCCAAGCUGCGACUGCAUUGCUAUAAAAGCCGCCAACAGCCUAAUAGAGCCACAAACAGCAAACUGAUGGGAGGCCUGAGGAAAGUGAUUUUAGCCAUCGCGCUGCUCGCAGUGAGCGCAGCGCAGGCGGCUUCAGUGGCCAAGCCCGCUUGUGGUGGCACCACAUCGGCGAAGGAUAUUAAUCUAGUGAAGCCAGCGAAUCCGCCCAGGGAGUGCGUCUAUCAUGUCAAGGCCUACAGCAAGCAGGUGUGCCAGCUGAGAAUUGAUUUCGCCAUGACACUGGCGCAGCCCACGAUACAGGAGCAGGCGAAUACGGGCCUGAUGACGGCCGAGUGCCAGCAGGAUUACUUUGAGGUGAACGGACUGCGGCUGUGCGGCGUGGAGACCUGGCAGCAUAUCUAUGUGAACUUCAAUGCCAGCGCCGGCGAGUCGAAGCUGGACUUGCUGCUGGUGCUGGCCAAUCGCGCUGGCGGCGUCAAUCUGCCAACACCCGACUGGAAUAUGCAGCUCACACAGCUGGAGUGUCCGGUGGGCGCAGCUGUGCGUGAACUUGAGGCGCCCGAGGCGCGCUCCAGCAGCAUUAAGGACGGCUUCUUUGUGGCGCCUCCCGGCUGUCUGCAGUACUUCCCAGAAGCCAAGGGAGUGGUAAAGUCAUUUAAUUACAACGAUGGCCACGGCAUUUACCCAUCGCAUAUGAACUACGCCAUCUGCUUCCGUCGCACCACACAAACCAAUGGCCUAACCAUUCGCUCUUACUUCUUCCAUGUGGGCGCCGAGACCGCGGCCAGCACUCUGCUUACCGAUAGCUCAUGUUAUCGCAGCAGCAGCUCCAAUGUGCGCAGCGCUGAUUUUCUGAUGGUGCCGCAGGCCAAGCUAGUGGAGCAGAACGAACACGCCACCUACUUCUGUGGCGCCACCAACAAGGAUGUGCUCAUUCGCAGCAACAACCCGGGUCCAUUGCUUGUGCUUUUCAACAGCGAUGAGUACUUUGAGCCCAACGAUGCUGGCUUUGCUUUUACCUAUACAAUUGACUAACUGCGACGACGCUUGUGCAAAUAAAAUUAACAGUGCUCUCAACAUUUAA